AACCUACAUAAAGCAUUUGUGUAAUUUGAACCUCUUUGCAUUUGCUAUUUACAUCAAACAAACUGAAUCUAAUUACCUGAAGCUGUUUCGUUCUUAAUAUAAUAUUGUUAUUCUACAUGGAGUCAAGCGUGACCCCAUGCUCCCCAUCCCUAAGAUGGCCAUCUGUGGUAUAUCACUCUUUGAGUGGCAGAAUAUAUAUGUGAGGGUACUUCACUUGAGCAGGCACAUGUUUACACAGAUCUCACAUUUCCUGUCCCAGGUCUCCUGGAUUUCCGUAGUUCCUGAGCCAUUAGGUUCUGGAUCCUGUAGCCAUUGUAACAGGCUAUUUUUCAGCACACAUAGUCGCUUCUCCCUUCCUUUCCGAACAGGGAAGGGACUCGUGGUCAGUUAGUAUCCGAACAUCCACUAAACUCACUAAAGAGAGGAUGGCAGAGAGACUAAUAUGAAAAGCACAAUACUGGAAUAUACUUACUUUACAAGCGUGUGUUGUAUUAAUCUUGCCACAAGCUGAAGUCAUGAGAUCAUCAUCCUCUCGUCUUAGUUUUUCUUCUAAGGAACCUAUAUGGAACCGGAUGCCAGAUCAAAUAGCGGUGUCGGAGUUUCUGUCGGAAACAACAGAGGAUUACAACUCUCCCACUACAUCCAGCUUCACCACCCGCCUGCAGAGCUGCAGGAAUACAGUCGGUGUGUUAGAGGAGGCUUUGGAUCAGGACAGAACUUCAUUGCAGAAGGUCAAGAAGUCAGUCAAAGCCAUUUAUAACUCUGGUCAAGAUCAUAUUCAAAAUGAAGAGACCUACGCCCAGGCUUUGGAUAAGUUUGGCAGUAACUUCAUCAGUCGGGAUAAUCCAGAUCUGGGCACGGCCUUCAUUAAGUUCUCCACUCUGACUAAAGAGCUCUCCACCCUCCUCAAGAACCUGCUACAGAAUCUGAGUCAUAAUGUGAUCUUCACACUGGACUCCCUGUUGAAAGGCGACCUGAAAGGCGUGAAGGGGGACCUGAAAAAACCCUUUGACAAGGCCUGGAAGGACUACGAAACCAAGUUUACAAAGAUCGAGAAGGAAAAACGUGAGCAUGCCAAGCAGCAUGGCAUGAUCCGAACAGAGAUCACUGGUGCUGAGAUCGCUGAAGAGAUGGAGAAAGAACGGAGGCUUUUCCAACUACAGAUGUGUGAGUACCUAAUCAAAGUGAAUGAAAUAAAGACCAAAAAAGGGGUAGACCUCCUUCAGAACUUGAUCAAGUAUUACCACGCACAGUGCAACUUUUUCCAAGAUGGCUUGAAGACGGCAGAUAAGCUAAAGCAGUACAUUGAGAAAUUAGCUGCUGAUCUUUACAACAUAAAACAAACACAAGAUGAAGAGAAAAAGCAACUCACAGCACUACGGGAUCUUAUUAAAUCCUCUCUACAGCUGGAACAAAAGGAGUCUAGAAGAGACUCUCAGAGCAAACAGGGUGGCUACAGUAUGCACCAGUUGCAGGGAAACAAAGAGUUUGGCAGUGAGAAGAAAGGCUAUCUGCUGAAGAAGAGUGAUGGGUUGAGGAAGGUGUGGCAGAGGAGGAAGUGUUCAGUUAAAGGAGGAAUUCUCACCAUCUCUCAUGCCACUUCAAACAGGCAGCCUGUCAAACUCAACCUGCUCACAUGUCAGGUCAAGCCCAGCACUGAGGACAGGAAGUGCUUCGAUCUCAUUUCCCAUAACCGCACAUAUCACUUCCAGGCCGAAGAUGAGCAGGAAUUUAUGAUAUGGAUCUCAGUGUUAACUAACAGUAAGGAGGAGGCGCUUAACAUGGCCUUCAGAGGAGAGCAGGGUGGAGGAGAUGAUGGGCUGGAAGAUCUCACUAAAGCCAUAAUAGAUGAUGUACUGCGCAUGCCCGGAAAUGAAGUGUGCUGUGAUUGUGGGGCUCCAGAUCCCAAAUGGUUGUCGACUAACCUUGGAAUCCUGACUUGCAUCGAAUGCUCAGGCAUUCACCGGGAGAUGGGCGUCCACAUCUCACGCAUCCAGUCUAUGGAGCUAGACAAACUGGGAACCUCUGAACUCUUGCUGGCCAAGAAUGUGGGAAACAGUAGUUUUAAUGAAAUAAUGGAGGGAAAUCUUCCUUGCCCCUCUCCUAAACCCACUCCUGCUAGUGGCAUGACUGUUCGUAAGGAGUUUAUCAAUGCUAAGUAUGUAGAUCAUAAGUUUGCAAGAAAAACCUGCAGCUCAGCAGCAGCCAAGAUGAGUGAGCUAUUUGAAGCCGUCAGGUCACAUGACCUACUAGCUCUCAUCCAGGUGUAUGCUGAGGGGGUAGAGCUUAUGGAACCACUACCUGAAGGAGGACAGGAAGGAGGAGAGACUGCAUUGCACUACGCCGUGAAGACAGCUGACCACACCUCACUGCACUUGGUCGACUUCCUCGUCCAGAACAGUGGGAAUUUGGAUAAACAGACGGAGAGGGGAAACACAGCCCUGCACUACUGUUGCCUGUAUGAGAAACACGAAUGCCUCAAAUUACUGCUGAGAGGCAAACCAGCUACUGAUAUCACCAAUCAGAAUGGAGAAACAGCUCUGGAUGUGGCCAGGCGGAUGAAGAUCAUCCAGUGUGAGGAAGCGCUGGUACAAGCCGCUGCAGGAAAAUUUAAUCUUAAAGUCCAUGUGGAAUAUGAAUGGAAUCUCAGAUUGGAGGAGCUUGAUGAGAGUGACGAUGAUCUGGAUGACAAACCCAGUCCCAUUAAGAAAGAUCGGUCUCCCCGGCCGCAGAGUUUCUGUCACUCAUACAGUCUGUCUCCUCAUGACAAGCUCUCUCUGCCUAGUUUCACUGGCCAGCGUGAUAAACAGCGCCUGUCAUAUACUGCACUCUCCAAUCAGAUGUACAGUGUUUCUACCGACUGUCCGUCCUUUCCAAUCUCAGAUGCCCCCCCUCUGCCUCCUAGGAAUGCAGGCAAAGCUCCUUCUCUGGCUUUCCUUGGCUCUCAUUCCCACUAUGCUACUCUGGCUAGCACUCGACCAUACAUCAGAAGUGAUUCAACACCGCCUCCUCUCAACAAGAUGUCUCCUGUAACUAACAGAUUUGAGGGUAUCCCACAACAGCAAAGUCUCAACACCACAAAGACCACACUUGGUCCACGGGUCCUUCCCAAACUACCGCAGAAGGUUGCCCUGCGUAAGAUAGACACCAUCCAUUACCCAUCUAUGGACAAAACCAACCAGCCUCCUGAAACUGUCCUGUUCCAGAAGGUUCUGCAUAGUUCAGACACCCCACAGAAAGUCGUGUUAGCCGAUAGACCUCAACCUGGAGAUAUACCUCCUAAACCACAGCCUUCAGAAUUACCCCCUAAACCAGGAGAACUGCCUCCAAAGCCACAGCUAUCUGACCUUCCCCCUAAACCCCAGUUGUGUGAUCUACCCCCUAAACCUCAGCUGAAAGAUCUCCCGCCCAAGCCUCAACUGACAGACAUCUCCCCACCCAAACCUAUAACCACUGAGGUCCUCCACAAGCCUCCACCUGGGGAUGUGGCUCCCAAGCCCCAACCACCAGAUUCUCCAACAAUCAUCCAACCAGCUGAACUGUCUCCUCAACCUGUCCAGUCUAGCGAAGACACCAAUGGAAGCCCAGCAUCUGCACAAGAGACGCCUGUACCAUUGCCCAGGAAAAUAAAUCCGAUAAAGAGUAAAAUGCGGAGGGUGAAGACUAUCUACGAUUGUCAGGCAGAUAAUGAUGAUGAGCUCACUUUUGUUGAGGGUGAGGUCAUUGUAGUAACUGGGGAAGAAGAUCAGGAGUGGUGGAUUGGACACAUCGAGGGGCAGCCGGAGAGGAAAGGUGUAUUUCCCAUGUCUUUUGUUCAUAUCUUGUCUGAUUAACAUGCAAAUGUCGGUCCUCCACCUCCACCAAUGGGACAUACUUGACUUAGCUGCUGAAUCAACAAUGCAAGUUUUAGAAGAUGGAACCACAAUGGAAAACACAUCACCUUUCCGACAUCAGAGACAAGAGUGUAAAUAAAAUGUCUAACUUUACCACUGUUACACAUACCAUUUAUUUCAGCCUACCGCACAGUGGCUAGACUGCACCCACUUAAAAGACCAGCACUUUCCCUCCACUAUUACUGAUACUGUAUCUCUGUAUAUAAGAUUGGACAUAAAUGUGUGUGCGUGUGUUUCACACAAGGAUGAGUGUGUGAUUUCGUGUAAAUGUAGAAACUUGUGUUGGUCUGAAAAGUAAAUGUGAACUAGUACUCUACCUGCCAGGAAGUUACAGCUGGGGCCAAUUUUGUUCAAAUAAGUUGAAGUAUUAAUGUGGCCAUCAUCUAUAGCAGGGACAGACAGGAGUCGACUUCUCUUCCUAAUGGAAUAACUGGACUCAUAAGUUUGCUGAACAUCAGUUUUCAGUUGUUUUUAACAUCACAUUUCCUAAUACACCACUAAAGCAUGUCCGAGAGUGAAAUAUUUGUUUGCUAUUCCCCGUUCUUGCUACUCAGUGUAAAAAUAAUUAACCUGUGCAAUGCAUACACCAUUACCUGUGUCCUUUCACAGGUUGUUUCUAUGUGAUCCCAUAUCAGUGUUUGUUUAAUCUACACAAGUACUUUUACUACAGUCUUAUUGAAUGCUCUUUAAUACAGCCGUGUUCCAUAAACAGAAAGGUCACCCUUCGUCAUCUUUAAUAUUGUGUUUUGAGAGGUCUUGAUACUUGAAGUACUUUUGAAAUAUGGAAAGUUGUUUACUUGGUUUAUAGAUGUUAUAUUUUCAAGUGAUAGACAUGUACUGUAUUGCAAUUGGAACCUAUACUUUAUCCAUGCUGCCAGUAACCCCAUGUUAGAUCUCAA